GGGACGGGGCUGGCAGCGGGCGCAUCACCGGGAGCGAAGCGGGCGGAGCGGCCGCCGCGGGAGAUUGAAGUGCCGGGGCCGCGGCGGGGCGAGGAGCGUGAGGCGUUGCCGCCACUGCCGGCGUCGCCCGUGGGGAGGAGAAUAGGAGGAGGGGGCCGGCCGGCUGCGCGCCCGGGACGCGCCCGCUCCCCCCGGCGCCGGGACCCGCCGGAGCUGCCCCCGGCCCUGCGCGGCCGUGACGGAGCUGCGAGUCCGGGCUGCGCAGGAAACUUUGCCGCUUCUGCCCGCGCUCCCCACAUGCGAGUGGACAACGUGAAGCCGGCUGCUGCUCUUCCUGCCGCUCCCGCCGCUGCUCCCGCAGCGCUGCCCCCCGCUCCGGCCGCUGCACCUGCGCCCGGCCCCGGAGCCGCGCCGCGGCCGCUCCUCGCCAUGUGGGACUAGGAGGGGUGCGGCGGUCUCCUCGGUGAACAUGGAUGCGGCGGGCAGGGCCGGCGGAGGGGAGCAGAGCCAGCCCGGCAGCGGCAGGGACGCCCCCGGGGACACGUCCAUGGACCGCUACCUGCGAUCUCAGGGCUUGUACAGGAAGAAAGUGGCCAAGGAUGGCUCCUGCCUUUUCAGGGCUGUGGCCGAACAGGUGUUGCACUCUCAGUCUCGGCACAUUGAUGUUAGGAUGGCUUGUGUAGACUAUCUUCGGCAGAAUAGGGAGAAAUUUGAAGCAUUCAUAGAGGGGCCAUUUGAAGAUUAUUUAAAAAGUUUGGAAAAUCCGCAGGAAUGGGUUGGACAAGUAGAAAUAAGUGCCCUUUCUCUUAUGUACAAGAAAGAUUUCAUAAUAUACCAGGAGCCAAAUGCUUCUCCUUCACGUGUAACUGAAAAUGGCUUUUCUGAUAAGGUAUUGCUGUGCUUCUCCAAUGGAAACCACUAUGAUAUUGUGUAUCCCAUAGAGUAUGCAGAGAAGGCUGCUCUGUGCCAGUCUCUGCUGUAUGAGUUGCUCUAUGAGAAAGUGUUUGAUGUGGAUGUAAAGAAAAUCAUGGCAGAACUUAGUGCUGUUGGUGUGGCAGAGGAAAGUAAUGGGAGCAGUGAGGUGUCUGCUUCGGAUUCGGAAGAUGACAACUACAGGUAA